GCUGGGCUAACCAGCCCGGGGUUCCCGGUUUCACAGAGAGGAAAGUGACAGAAGCUGUGCAGAGGGAGACGCAGAGAGAGCAGAGCGCCGGGCAGCCACCCAGUCUCGGGGGAGCGCUUAGCUCCCCCACCCCCGGCUGCCACCCUGUCCGGGGGGGCUCCUCAAGCCCUCAGCCCCACUCCCAGGCUCCCCAUGGAAGCCAGCUGUGCCCCGGGAGGAGCCGGAGGAGGAGGAGUCGGCUAAAUGCUCGCGGUGCGCCCGGGGCCCCUGAGCCCAGCCUGCUCCGCGCCGCUGCCCUAAGGCCCCCGCGCCCCCGGCGCCCCCUACCCGGGGCCGCGCCGCCCCUGCCCGCCCCUCCCCGGGGCUUUGCCCCAGACCUGCCCCCGCCCGCUAGCCUGCGCUCAGACAGGAGCUCUGGGCCGGGUGCGCCGCCGCCCUGGAGUGAGGGAAGCCCAGGCGAAGGGGGUCUCCGGAGCCGGCCGCGAUGGACGCCGUCUUGGAGCCCUUCCCGGCCGACAGGCUGUUCCCUGGAUCCAGCUUCCUGGACUUGGGGGAUCUGAACGAGUCGGAUUUCCUCAACAAUGCGCACUUUCCAGAGCACCUGGACCACUUUGCGGAAAACAUGGAGGACUUCUCCAACGACCUGUUCAGCAGUUUCUUUGAUGAUCCCGUGCUGGACGAGAAGAGCCCUCUACUGGACAUGGAACUGGACUCCCCCACCCCAGGCAUCCAGGCUGAGCACAGCUACUCCCUGAGCGGUGACUCGGCGCCUCAGAGCCCCCUCGUGCCCAUCAAGAUGGAGGACACCACCCAAGACGUGGAACAUGGAGCAUGGGUGCUGGGACACAAACUGUGCUCCGUCAUGGUGAAGCAGGAGCAGAGCCCGGAGCUGCCCGUGGACCCUCUGGCUGCCUCCUCGGCCAUGGCCGCUGCUGCCGCCAUGGCCGCCCCCCCGCUGCUGGGCCUCAGCCCCCUGUCCAGGCUGCCCAUCCCCCACCAGGCCCCAGGAGAGAUGACUCAGCUGCCAGUGAUCAAAGCAGAGCCCCAGGAGGUGAAUCAGUUCCUCAAAGUGACAUCGGAGGACCUGGUGCAGAUGCCUCUGACGCCCCCCAGCAGCCACGGCAGCGACAGUGACGGCUCCCAGAGUCCCCGCUCUCUGCCCCCCUCCAGCCCUGUCCGGCCCAUGGCCCGCUCGUCCACGGCCAUCUCCACUUCCCCCCUUCUCACCGCCCCUCACAAACUACAAGGGACAUCAGGGCCACUGCUCCUGACAGAGGAGGAGAAACGCACCCUGAUUGCUGAGGGCUACCCCAUCCCCACGAAACUCCCCCUCACCAAAGCCGAAGAAAAGGCCUUAAAGAGGGUCCGGAGAAAAAUCAAGAAUAAGAUCUCGGCCCAGGAGAGCCGCCGUAAGAAGAAGGAGUACGUGGAAUGUCUAGAAAAGAAGGUGGAGACAUUUACAUCAGAGAACAACGAACUGUGGAAGAAGGUAGAGACCCUGGAGAAUGCCAACAGGACCCUGCUCCAGCAGCUGCAGAAGCUCCAGACUCUGGUCACCAACAAGAUCUCAAGACCUUACAAAAUGGCCGCCACCCAGACUGGGACCUGCCUCAUGGUGGCAGCCUUGUGCUUCGUUCUGGUGCUGGGCUCCCUUGUGCCCUGCCUCCCUGAGUUCUCCUCCAGCUCCCAGACUGUGAAGGAAGACCCUGUGGCUGCUGACAGCGUCUACACAGCCAGUCAGAUGCCCUCCCGGAGCCUCCUGUUCUACGAUGAGGGGGCAGGCUCGUGGGAGGAUGGCCGCAGCGCCCUGCUGCCCGUGGAGCCCCCAGACGGCUGGGAGAUCAAGCCCGGGGGGCCGGCUGAGCAGCGGCCCCAGGACCACCUGCAGCAUGACCACCUGGACAGCACCCACGAGACCACCAAGUACCUGAGCGAGGCCUGGCCGAAAGACAUCAGUGGAAACGGUACCAGCCCGGACUUCUCUCACCCCAAGGAGUGGUUCCGUGAGAGGGAUCUCGGCCCCAAUACCACCAUCAAACUCUCCUAGGCGCAUCAAGACCCAGGACACAGGACGUCCCCUCUGGCACCUGGAAGAGGGGUGGUCUUGCUCUCUAACCCGGAUCCAGAUUGUCCCCCUGCCCCCUGGGCUCCCACCCCAGGAGAAGGGGUUCCACUUUUCCCCAGCCCUUCUUUGCCCCAUUCCCUACCAGGGCCUCUCCUUUCCCCAUCACAUUUGGACUGUUCCCUUGGGCGGACCACUCUGUUCUCACCUCUCCCUCCCACAGCCAUCCGUCCUUCUCAGAUAAACCACUCACUGGGCUGACCCCCUCCUUUCUCAUAAUGACCGACUGGACCACUGCCUCCCUGCCCCCACCCACAAACACACCCAUCAACACACCAACACACACCCCCCUCACCCCCCACCCCACUGUACAGAGACCAAGAACAGAAAUUGUUUGUAAAUAAUGAACCUUAUUUUUUAUUAUUGCCAAUCCCCUAAAAUAUUGUAUUUUACAAGUCUCCAUCCUCCCUUCACCCCUCCCUUGUUUUAUAUUUUAUGAAGUUAGUGCGGGCUUUGCUCUUCCCCUGGCCCUCAUCCGGCCUCCCCUGCCGCUGCCCAAGCCGCUGGGCCUUUUUAAUUGCCAAACUGCUUCUUCCAUCAGCUCAGCACAAGCUUUAAGAAGGCAAAAGUAAAAAAAAAAAAAAAA